AUGCGCCACUCUAGGAGAGAGCCUGAUUUUCGGGCUGGGCCUAGGAGAUGGGAUUGGGCCAUAGUUGCCAAAGGACACUUUGGGCGAGAGCUUGACGUGCUCGAGGGCCCGAAACUGGAGCUCGGCUGGAUACUCACGCACACACCCGAUGCGCGGCCCGAGCCCAGUGCUCCACUUGCGGGACAUGCGCCUGGCCAAGGUGUAAACGGGCUUAUUCUCCUCAUGGCACGUGGUUUCGGGCUUUCCUGCUGGCCCGUUUUCGUUAGACGUGCUGUUAAUGGUUUCCAAUUUAUAUUUUACGUCGAGAACUCCAGCAUGAGCAACCAAUCUUCCAGCAGCCGUUAUGGCUCCGCCAGCUAG